CAUAGGCCACCGCGCGGGGCGGGAGGGGGCGCGGCGAGACCCGCAGCUAGCAAACCGCGCCUCGGCCCUUGCGGUGGCCCCAUAGCCGGGACAAAGGCUCGGGAGGGAAAGCGAAUGUUCCUUAGAUUGUCCGACUGCUAGCAACCCGUUUAGGACUUAGAGGCUGACAGUAGCGCUCUCCGGGCUCUGCGCGUGUGAAUCCAGACCCAAAGUGCAGACAGCCGUGGCGUUUUCAGAGUUAGGAGGCAGUACUUGACAGGGCUGUUUGGUUUUUUCCAGUGCUCAACAGUUGAAGAAGGAACUUGGUACUUGGGGAUCAAAGACAUGAAUUACUCACGGUUUCUCACCGCCGCGAGCGCAGCAAGAAACCCUUCUCCGAUUCGAGUCCUGACUGCUAUAUUGAGCAAGGCACCAAAAUCGCUCAUCUCCUUGGCUCCUGGAGCACCAAAUCCGAACACUUUUCCUUUUAAGACUGCUAGUAUCACCAUAGAAAAUGGAAAGACGAUCCAGUUUGGAGAAGAAAUGAUGAAGAGAGCGCUUCAGUAUUCUCAAAGUGCUGGAAUUCCAGAGCUGUUGUCCUGGCUAACACAGUUACAAAUAAAAUUGCAUAAUCCUCCCACUAUCCAUUAUCCUGCCAGUCAAGGACAAAUGGAUAUAUGUGUCACAUGUGGCAGCCAAGAAGGUCUUUCUAAGGUGUUCGAAAUGCUCAUCAAUCCUGGAGAUAACAUUCUCCUAAAUGAACCUGUCUAUUCAGGAACACUUCAAGCUCUGCAUCCACUAGGCUGCAACAUUAUUAAUAUUCCCAGUGAUGAAAAUGGGAUUAUUCCAAAGUCCCUCAAAGAAAUACUUUCCAAAUGGAAACCAGAAGAUUCACAGAACCCCACAAAAAAGACCCCCAAAUUUCUUUACACUGUCCCAAAUGGCAACAACCCUACUGGAGUUUCAUUAACAAGUGACCGCAAAAAGGAAAUCUAUGAGCUGGCAAGAAAAUAUGAUUUCCUCAUAAUAGAAGAUGAUCCUUACUACUUUCUCCAGCUCAACAAGUCCCGGACACCAACAUUUCUUUCCAUGGAUGUUGAUGGUCGUGUCAUCAGAGCUGACUCUUUUUCAAAAGUCCUCUCCUCUGGGGUUGCUGAUUUCUAUAGAAAGCAGAGGGAUGCAUCAGUGGAAGCUGCAGAGAAGUGGCUGAGUGGUUUGGCAGAAUGGCAUGUUCCUACUGCUUCCAUGUUUUUAUGGAUUAAAAUUAAGGGCAUAUCUGAUACGAAAAAACUGAUUGAAGAAAAAGCCAUUAAGAAACAGGUAUUAAUGAUUCCUGGAAACGUUUUCUACGUUGAUAGCUCAGCUCCUAGCCCUUACUUUCGAGUGUCCUUUUCUUUGGCUUCUCCAGAACAGAUGGAUGUGGCUUUCCAGAGAUUGGCCCAACUUAUAAAAGAAUCUUUAUAAAUAAACCAAACUAAUCAUAUGACUCCUGGAUUUUUCAGAUAAAAUAGUUUUGUGUUUUAGCAGAAAUAAACAGUGCCAUUAUCCUUACUGAUUGGAUCAAACAUGUCAUAUCUGAACUAGUUUAACUAGAUAACUUUUAAAAUGACUUUAAAUCUAUCAUCUUGCCAAAAUAUAUUUAUAAUCCACUUAGAUCUUUUAAUAAAUUUUCAACUUGCAAAAA